GCCGGGGAGGCCCUGGCCCCGUCCCGACGCCUGGCCGACGGCGGCGGCUAGUCCGCGGCCCUGCUGGGAGGGAAAGCGACGCCGCGGUCUUCCCAGGCGACGCGGAGAGCAGGAGAUGCCAACAUAGUCUCAAGUGUCCACCUGUUCCAAGAAGCUCACUCCUCACCAGCAUCCCUCUCCAGCCCAUUGUCCAGUCCAAUCCCUGUCUGAAGAGCUGGCUUCGGGAAUGGUUCCUGUCCUGGGCCAACGGAAGUAGUUCCAAAGAACUGCUGGUUCCGAUUUUAGCUCUUGCCGAGUUGUGAAAGUAGUGGAGGAUGCUUAAACUACUUAACAUCCAAAUUGCUCUCUGGUUCAUCAUCUUUAGAAGACUGGAUUUUUGGAUAAAUAUUCCAGUCCAUCACUAUUGACUUUGAAAACAAUGCAAACCUGUAACACUGGCAAGUGUCCAUGAACUUUUAAUUACAUUGAUUAAUAACGCUUGGAGCUUCCUCAGGGAAUAAACAAUGACAUCGGCAGUGGUUGACAGUGGAGGUUCUGUGUUGGAGCUUUCCAGCAACGGAGUAGAAAAUCAUGAGCAGGUUUAUGGGCACAUGAAGACAGUGCUUGUGAGAUGCAGAAAGCAAUUUGGCUUUCUGUCCUGGGUUCCUGAGACAACAAGAACAGAGGCUUACCUCGCCUCCACCCCCCAAAAUGGAAAGUGGCAAGGUUUCUGAAUACCCAGCAGUGAUUGUGGAGCCAGUUCCAAGUGCCAGAUUAGAGCAGGGCUAUGCAGCCCAGGUUCUGGUUUAUGGUGAGGAGACUUACAUGAUGCAAGAUGUGGCGGAAGAACAAGAAGUUGAGACCGAGAAUGUGGAAACAGUGGAAGCGUCAGUUCAUAGCAGUAAUGCACACUGUACGGAUAAGACCAUUGAAGCUGCUGAAGCCCUGCUUCACAUGGAAUCUCCUACCUGCUUGAGGGAUUCAAGAAGUCCUGUGGAAGUGUUUGUCCCUCCUUGUGUAUCAACUCCAGAAUUUAUCCACGCUGCUAUGAGGCCAGAUGUCAUUACAGAGACUGUGGUGGAGGUGUCAACUGAAGGGUCUGAACCCAUGGACACCUCUCCUAUUCCUACGUCCCCGGAUAGCCAUGAACCAAUGAAAAAGAAAAAAGUUGGCCGUAAACCAAAGACCCAGCAAUCACCAAUUUCCAAUGGGUCUCCGGAGUUAGGUAUAAAGAAGAAACCCAGAGAAGGAAAAGGAAACACAACCUAUUUAUGGGAGUUUCUUUUAGAUCUACUUCAAGAUAAAAAUACUUGUCCUCGGUAUAUUAAGUGGACUCAGAGAGAGAAAGGCAUAUUCAAGCUUGUGGAUUCAAAGGCUGUCUCUAAGCUUUGGGGAAAGCAUAAGAACAAACCAGACAUGAACUAUGAAACCAUGGGACGAGCUUUGAGAUACUACUACCAAAGGGGGAUUCUUGCCAAGGUAGAAGGACAGCGGCUGGUGUAUCAGUUCAAGGAUAUGCCCAAGAACAUAGUGGUCAUAGAUGAUGACAAAAGUGAGACCUGUAACGAAGAUUUAACAGCAGCCCCUGAUGAAAAAUCAUUAGAGCGAGUGUCACUGUCUGCAGAAAGUCUCCUGAAAGCAGCAAGCUCUGUUCGUGGUGGAAAAAAUUCAUCUCCUCUAAACUGCUCCAGAGCAGAGAAGAGUGUGGCUCGGGUUGUGAAUAUCACCUCCCCGGGUCACGAGGCUUCAUCCAGGUCUCCUACCACCACAGCAUCUGUGCCAGCAACAGCAGCUCCAAGGACAGUUCGUGUGGCAAUGCAAGUACCUGUAGUAAUGACGUCAUUGGGUCAGAAGAUUUCAACUGUGGCCGUUCAGUCCGUGAACGCCGGUGCGCCAUUAAUAACCAGCACUAGUCCCACAACAGCAGCCUCUCCAAAGGUGGUCAUUCAGACCAUCCCUACUGUGAUGCCAGCCUCUACUGAAAACGGAGACAAAAUCACCAUGCAGCCUGCCAAAAUUAUCACCAUCCCAGCUGCCCAGCUUGCACAGUGUCAACUGCAGACAAAGUCCAGUCUGACUGGGUCAGGGGGCAUUAACAUUGUCGGAACCCCGCUGGCUGUGAGAGCACUUACCCCGGUGUCCUUAGCCCACGGCACACCUGUGAUGAGACUAUCAGUGCCUGCUCAGCAGGCAUCUGGCCAGACUCCUCCACGAGUUAUCAGUGCUGUCAUAAAAGGGCCAGAGGUUAAAUCGGAAGCAGUGGCAAAAAAACAGGAACAUGAUGUAAAAACGUUGCAGCUGGUACAAGACGAAAAGCCAGCAGAUGGAAAUAAGACAGUAACCCAUGUAGUGGUUGUCAGUGCACCCUCAGCUAUUGCCCUUCCUGUAACUAUGAAAACAGAAGGACUGGUGACAUGUGAGAAAUAAAACAGCAGCUCUGCUGCAGACUGGUAGUGAUUGGUUGAACAGUGCUGACAUAAAUACUUGGAAGGGAGUCAUCAAGAAAAGUCAAAAGAAGACUUUAAAACAUUUUUAAUGCAUAUAAAAAACAAUCAAACUUACUGGAAAUAAAUUACCUAUCCCAUGUUUCAGUGGGAAAUGAACUACGUACUGAGAUGCUGACAGAAAACUGCCUCUUACUGUAGGAAACAACUGAAUCCGUCAACUAGAAAAAGGAUGGAAAGGGACCAAGCAGCUCACUACAAUCUCAAGUUACACUAAGACUUGGAACACUAAAAUGCUGUAAGAGGUUACAUAGUUUUCAGUGGGGAGGGGUUAGGAUGGGCGAUCUCAUUGUUACAUAUAGCAAUUUUUGAUGCAUUUUAUAUGCAUACCAGCAAUUACUACUGUGUUCGCACAGUACUCACUUAACUGGUGCUAUGUGAAGACUGCUAAUAUAGGUAUUUUAGAAUGUGAAUUGAAGGAUGGAUCCAAAAGCUUCAGAAAGAGGAUAGCAGAAAAGAUCUAGUGCGAAUUUUUUUUUUUAUCAUAUAGCUUAAGCUGAUUUAAAACAAAGGCCUUAGACAUUUUUGGUUUUCUUUCUUGAAAUAAGCUAACGGCUUGUUUGUGUAAAGCUUUUUUAUUAAAAGAAAAAUUUUAAAAAUCUUGUACCUAGCACAGUAUUGUUAUAGAAUUUACAUGUAACAUUUUUAUAUGGUAGUUUAAGUCUGUCAGUUUCUUAAUUGUGGACAAAUUAACAGUUGGCUCCGGCCUUUCGCUGUAACAUGCCCGUGUCACUCACUUAGCCCUGGCAUCUGUGCGGACACGUCAGUCAGUUCUGCGGUCACUUGGAAGUUCAGGCUUAGCAUGAAUUUUUGUCAGGUAGCUCUCAAACCUGGAGUUCGUUCUUUUGUUCGUUCUUUUUUUUUUUUAGUUGAAGUUUAAGAGGGCAAGUACCAGUGUUCAGAUUUGAACUAUAAUAGUUUGUAUAUUCAACAUUUGAAGUAUAUUCUAUUUUGUUGUACUCUUGUUUCAAAGUGUAUUCAAGUAGGUUUUCUGAAAUAUAGAAAUGAAAUUUAUCUUGUGUGUUUUGGUCUCUGGUGGUAUUUAUAGUAAUAAUAAUCAAAAGCCAGUAUGGAGAUGCUGUUUUAGUUAAAGUCACGGAAGUCCUAUUUCUCCUUCCCAACUCCUGUGUGAAGAAAUUCUAUUUCUGAUUUUGUUCCUUUACAUUAAUAUUUGGCAAAUAAUCUGUAUGUUGCCACUUCCUGAUUAUUGUCUUGAACUAAAUAACAUUCUACUUACUAUAAUUAAUUUAGUAAUUUAGUCGGCCACGCUUAAAAGAACUUAUAAAACACUUUCAAAUCAGAUCAUUUGUUUCUCAAGCCAUCUUCUGAAGGUGAGAAAGAACAAGUACAGUCGUGUGCCAUCCUACCGCAUAUACGUCUGUGGUCCCAACCCUGGUAAAGCCUAUUAUAUUAAAAACUCAAUCUGUGGAAAGAAAAAGUUCACCGCACGUACGGUGGUUCAUAAUAACAAACAGGCACCAAAACAUUAUUACUGUUGCUGGAUGAUUAUGUUAAACAUGUUUUAGUCUGUCUGGAAGUGUUUAAUGUUUUUUAUGCAGAGAAAGGUAGACUACAUACUACAUACUAAGACAAACAUUUGACUGACUGAUGUUAGAUACAAACUGUACCUAACUCUUCCAAAUUAAGUACAGUUUCACCUUAAAGACAGAUUUAGGAACGGAGCUGAGUGGUAGUCUAGGGGCUGCCUGUCUAUGAUAGGGUGUUCACACAACGUGCCAAUCACGGUGUCUGUUUCAUAGAACGUGUCGGGGACAUUAAGCUACGCAUGACUGUAAUACUCUACCCUUUUUACAGAAUAGGAGAUUGAGGUACCAGGGAUUAAAGGAAUUUCCUAAUUUCACACAAAACUAGGUCCUAUGGCCCCAAGUUUUAAUGCUGUUUCUCCUACAAAGAAAAGUCUAUUUUUCACAUGUUUUAGAAAUUUAGAUAAACUGGUAUUUAACAUCUUCUUGCCUUUAAUUGCGCAUUUGAUCCAACCAGUUGAUUGCAGUUGAUGGCGACCCGGGUGCGGUGUGUGUGGAGAGUAGAACUGCUCCACAGGGUAGCAGAGGAGCAGUUAGCCGUUUGAGCCACCCAGGGACUUCUUGAUCGGGUACUGCUUCAGUCCAGUUAGGUUAGCUAAGAUUUUUAUAACAGCACUUUUAUAAUCUUCUACCUUUUACAUAAACAUAUCUGAUAGUACUUUUUAAAUAAAGCUUAAAGAAAAACUCAGUUGAUUCUUACCCCAUUUGGGUGAAGAUUUCAAAAUCUGCACUAUACGCUUUGGCAUUUAAUUGUAUUAUGUUAUUUUUUGUACUGUGGUUUUAUUUGUUUUGUCGUGUCUUCUAUAAUACUCCUUUAACCCAAAAACCCAGUGCCAUUGAGUCGAUCCUGGGGCAAAGAUUAUAUUUUAAAGCAUACCUACCUUCCUCCCCAAGUUCUGAGUAUAUUAGACACUCAGACAUUUAUUGAUUUUGAUAACAUAUUUGCUAAGAAUCUAACUCACAUGCUAAUGGAUAUUUAAAUUUUAUUUAAAGUAAAUCUUUCCUCUUAUGCUACAUUCUUAAUUGGUUCUCAUUAGGUUAAGCCAGGCCUACCUAACUUAACCCCCAUCCCCCGCCACUACUUUACCUGAAAAAUGCUCUACCUCUCUUUCAGAAUAAGUACACCGAAGUCUAGAUUUGGACAUAUAUAUGUUGACGGUACAUACUGAUCAGUGUUCCUGCUAACUGAAAUUAUGUAAUGGUUUGGAUUUUUAUCUCAAGUUCUCCAAACUGUACUGGAAAUCAGGAUAACCAUAUAUUUGCUUAUGUCCAGCAUGUUGAAGGAAAAAACACACAACCAUGGGUUGAUGCCAUGACAUUUUCCAGCCCCACCAGACCUUUAAACAAUGAUUAACAAUCUGUCUACAUAUGCCUUAGGCCAUUUUCCAGGAACAAUUCCAGCCUUCACCAUCCUUCUUAGAGGCCAUGCUACCCUCUCGACAAAUGACCGGUACACACACCUCUUUACAGAGAACACCGGGGUCCUGAGUUGCACACUGCUUAAUUUCUGGACCUCUUGCUGUAGAGCCUCUACUUUAGCAUCCAUCCUGACCACCUGUCUCAGGAAGGAGGUGUCCUCCUGUACUCAUCAUCUCCUCCCCUUCCACACCUUAUAAACCAUCGCUUCAGCUAAUAACCUGCAGUUCUGAUUUCUGGCUCAGAAGACCUCACUGAGGUCUCCAGUAGCCCAGUUGUCAGAUCAGGCAGACACUUUGUUUUAUAAUGAAGUUUCACAUCUCACCUACUUCUUAAAACUUUUUUAGUUUUCCAUGACACCCCUCUUCUUGCUUCCUGCCUGACUGACUCAAUCUACUUUGCUUCCCUUAGCAUUCCUUUAAUGUUCGUACUCACCAAGGCUCUGUCUGUGGGAUUUUUUCCCUCAUAGGGUUGUUGUAAGGAUUAAAUGGGUUACUAAGAAUUUAGAACCAGUGCCUGGCAUAUAGCAGGUAGUAUAUAAAACGUUUACUACUACGAUUUCACUUUAAUGUGGUUAUUGCUGGCUACCACAUCUGUUGUUCCAGCCUAAACCUUUUCCCUGAGUUUAGAUGGGUUGCCUACUGGCCAACUCCUCGCGAAUAUCCAGCUGAACUCUCUUCCCUCUAAAAUCUGUUCUCUCAUACUUCCUUAGCUCAGUAAAUGACGUUACCAGCAACCCAUGACUUGGGCCAGAAGAAACCUGAGGGUCAUUCUAGACAUCUUACCUAUACAUCCAGUCAUGCACCACGUCUGAUUGAUUAAAGUACUUUCUAAAAACCUUCUUUCCCAUCAUCCCUACCCUUAUUCCCUUACAACUAUUUCCUAACUCAUUCUCCAUGCUACCAGCUGAGAGGUUUCUAAAACAAAUCUCAUUUACUUUUUUCUUUAAAUUCUUCAAUUGUGUCUUGCUGAAAAGACAAAAAUUGAAAGCAUAGCUUUUAGAGUCCUUCGGUCUGGCCAAUCUCGUUCUCUUGCCACUCCUGUUUUAAUAGGCCUCUCUGGGCUACAAACAUACUGUUUCAUUUUCUCAAAUAUUUCAAGAACCCAUCCUAUAUUGGGAAACCCUGGUGGCGUGUGGUUAAGAGCUACGGCUGCUAACCAAAAGUUUGGCAGUUAAAUCCACUCCUUGGAAACCUAUGGGGCAGUUCUACUCUGUCCUAUAGGGUCACUAUGAGUUGAAAUCAACUCAAUGGCAAUGGGUCUGGUUUUGGUUUUUUAUCCUUCGUUGAGCUGUUCCACUGAUGACUUCGCUCCAGACCACUCUUCUUUUCCUCCUUCACCUAGAUUUGAGUUCAGUUUUAUCUCCUGAGUUGAAGGCUAUAGACAUCAAAAAAAAAUUCUGAAAUAGGUUUGGAAAGAAUUCAGGAUGGGGAGUAGUUUACUCUGAGUAAACUCUUAGGUAAAAUACAAACUAUAUAAAGACAAGGGAUGGGGAGAGGAGUAUUCAUAGGAAAUAAAACAGGACGGAUGAGGUAGUAUAGUGGUGGGCAACACUGUCAAGGGCAGCAGGGAGGGCAAAGCAAAUUAGGCCAAAGAAAAGGCCACUGAGACUGUUGAUAAAGACAGUGACAAUGAGCGCAGCUCUAGAAAGGGACUGGGGAUGAGGCCUCUGGCACAGCGUACUUCAGUCAGGAAUGUACAUUUCUGACCACUGUAUACAAACUACUUCAUUACUAGUAAUCAAACUUCCCAAAGAUGAAAUUUUGGGCUUAGGGUUAUUUGCAAAGUCUCCUGUGAUCCUGAUCUGCUCUGAGGGCACUCCAGAGCCCAUGAUUGUGAGGAGCCAAGAGUAACUAGCCCUACUCCAAUCCCACUGGUAUCAGUUUGACUUUGUCCUUUAUUACAGCCUUCAGCCAUUCAUAGUGCUACAAGCCCACGGAGCUGUGAUUCAUUUGUACUUCAACGCCCUUAUCAUUGUCCCCAGUAGUCAAAACCUAGUGUAUUCUUUAGAAACUCAGUGCAUAGUGAUUCCAGUUCUCAUGGGAGAAUGAGCAGAUACUGUGAACCCUUUGCAAAGGCGCUGAUGGGCCUCCUCCUGGCUUCGUAGCCUCAAGACCUUUGAAAAACUCAAGUGCAGCAGGAGGCCUUGGUCGACAUGUACCUACUUCAGCUUUUGGGCAGCCUUAACUGUGCUUUUGAACCCUGACUCAGUAGUAACACUUCCUGUGGGUUCAGGACUUAACAUUAUCACAAUUUGCAAAGUGAAAACAUAAAACUGUUUAAUGCAGAACGUUCUGCUAAAAAAAAACUGUAAGGCCAUAAAUUUAACAGAAGAGUUGCCGUCUUCCAAGAUACUGUUUCCUCCCAUCCCAUUGUAUUAUGUUGUUUCACUUUGAGAAAAAUCUUACGUUUUUCUUUAGUGAAGUGAUACUAUCAGUCGUAAAAGGAGAAAUCUCAAUUUUACAUAAUCUGCCGAUUAUUUGGGUUGUAGGACAUUGAUGAAAUUUAACAGUGUUCCCAAACUUGGCUGCAGAUUAGAAUCACCUGGGAAGCUUUUAAAAAUCCUGUUGCCCAAAUCUCGCUCCAUCCCAACUAAAUUACAGUGUUUGGGGUGAGGAGGCAGGCUUUUUAUCAGUACUGUCCAGAUAUCUCUAGGUGGUUCCAGAGUUUGGACCACUGACUUUAUAGCUUCAAUAAGGCAAGCUUUGGCAGUAGGGAUCUAUGUCCUAACCUAUGCUUUUCUAGAAUGUCUAACAGGAAAAGGAAGCUGGUUGAAGAUAUGUCAACGUAUUUUUAUGCAAGUGCCACGCCCUCCUCCCCAUACUAAUUUUUUCCACAGCAACAUGUGGAAGACAAUUGGCAAGGUGGUCUUUGUGGGGGAGGGGCGCAUGUUAUUUGUGUAAAAGUAUAUUAAGUAUUACAACAACUACCUUAAAAAGAAAAACCCUCCACAUUGUAUGUAUUUCAUCAGUUCUAAUGCCUUUUUCUUGGUUUUAACAUCCGAGGAUGAGCAGUCUUAAACAGUAUACUUACUGUAUUCAUGUGCACUGACCCUUUAAAGAAAUUACUUUGGAAAGCUAUAUACUAAUGCCAACAAUGCUACAUUGUUCAAAGUACUUCGGAACAGCUUCUUGGAACAGAAUCUGAGUCUUAAACAUACUUAAUAGAGGUAAAUUUCCUGAUGAAGGAGAGUUUAGUUUUAGAAACAGCUAAGUCAUUUGAGGUUAACAAAUUGAUUUGAGUCAAGCUCUAGGUGAUGCCAUAUUUGGUCCAAAAAUGAAACACGACUAUAAAGUUCACACUGGUUUUCUUGAGUGCUUCGUAAAACUAGCUCUGGAGACAGUUCCAAAAAUAUUUUUGAACAGUGACAGCAGUACUGAAACUGUUUUUAAGUUCAAAUCAGAGUUUUAAAGCUUUAGAAAUUAUUUGGUCUGAUAAGGAAGAAACUAAGGUUCAGAAAAAUGUCUGACUUCCCAGUCUCACCUCAGCUAGCCAGUGGAAGACCUAGAAAUAGAUCUUCUGGCACCCAGUUUAAAACUUUAGUCUCAAUCCCCACUCCCACCCAUCUGAAAAAAAAGGGUAGGGGAGGGACAGACAAUAAAGCCCCUAUAUGAAUGAGCCUGUAUACAGUAAUCCUUACUUAAAUUUUAAAAUGCUGCAGAAUUUCGCUGUGUUCUCUCCAAGUUAACUUAUUUCUGGAAACCAGAGUUAGGAGCCAGGCAUAUUCCGUGUCCAUUCUUCCAUCCUGUUUCUUUACCGGUGUUUCUCAACAUUAUACACACCAAAACCCAAAAAACCCAUUGCUGUCUAGUUGAUUCUGACUCAUAGUGACCCUAUAGGACACGGUAGAGUUUCCAAGGAAUGCCUAGUGGAUUUGAACUGCUGACCCUUUGGUUAGCAGCUAUAGCACUUAACCACUAAGCCACCAGGGUUUCCACAGGACACUGUAAUUGUAUUUCCACAUUCUUAUAUAUAAGUUGUCUACGUCUAGAGGCCUGAGUCUAAUGUGGCAAAAAGUCAGCGGUUCGAAUCCACCAGCCGCUCCUUGGAAACCCUCCGGGGCAGUUCUACCCUGUCGUGUAGGGUUGCUGAGAGUCAGAAUCAACUUGAUGGCAAUGGGUUUGAUUUUGAUUUUAUUCUCAAAAGAACUUCAGAUAGUUUAUAAUAUUAUGCAAAUAAAGUUAACAAUAAACAGGUGGGAGAAAAUCAGGCAAAGAAAAAAAGGAUGGCAAGAAGAAAAAUAUAUAAAAUACAUGCUAUAAAAUUUUACACAACUAAAAUUUAGCUACAAUAUUUGGUUUCGAAUGUCUUCACAGCCAAAGCAAAAUAAUAAUAAUAAUUGGUCAGUUAUGAGAGUCAUCCAGUCAAGUUGACCAGCGGCCUAGAAGCAGCAAAGCUUUUCCUAGUAUUCUGUCAAAAGGAAUGGCUGUGUCUGCACGUCUAAUUUUAAAUGAAUCUUCUUAGAAGUGAGCUUUCCACAAAAACUUGGGCAGGUAUUCCGUUUUGUCACUCAAAGGCAUACAUUUAUACAAACCACAGUAGGACUGACAUCCUCAAGAAAUAAGGAGUCUUUUCCCACAAACUCAAAUCUGCCUGGAAGAGGAACUAGGGGGAAAAAAAUUUCUUGCCAUUUUGUCAGGCCCUCACCUAUUCUGGGCAUAAUUUCCUAUUAACACUAUUAGUUCCACCCUUUCAGAUUGGAGGAUUAUUCUGUUUGGCUAAAAACAAUUACAGGUGGGGUGUUACGACAUCCACGAAUAUUUUAAGAUACUAAGUAGUGUCCUUCCCUUCCUUACCUUGCUGUGAACCUUAAGCAUUAUUAUUCAGUAGCUUACAUAUAUAUAUAUCUUGUUACAAUUUACAGAUAUUGUUAACGUCUUAAAAUAUAUGUGGUCAACAAGGGCAGGUAUAAUGAUAUGCUCUGCAGAUGAGAAAACUGCAGCCCUAGAGAUGCAGUGGCUUGUUCAAGAUCACACCAGUCACGUCUAAGUCUUUUCUCUGACAAAGCUGUGCCCUUCUGCAUAAUGUGGGUUGGGUUUUUUUCUUCUUAUUUUAUAAGCCCAAUCCUUUCCAGACCUUUGCCAUUCUGGUUUCCACCCACUCUGGAUAAAAAGCCUGCUUCUGCAAUAUUUUUACACAACCCAUUAAAAAAAAACGUCCGUCGGAGUUCCUUCUGCAAGCACAGUCCUGCUUGGGAUGCCUUUCCUUUUCUAAAACUGAAACCAACUAUGAUUAUGAGCAUGUGUUUUUCUCUCUAGACUUAAAAAAAAAUCUUGGAAAUCCUUUUUCAAGUCCAAGACACACUAAUUCUAUGCAGCAUUCCCUUCAUUAUUAUCAAAUCUUGCAUGUCUUAAAAAAUGGUUCAGAUGGGGAGUAUUUGCAUCAGUUUCUUCUUUUAGUUUGAAACAGUAGUAGAGUAGCUGCUCUCCUUAUCGCUUCUUUAAAAAGCCACCUUCAAAGUACCCACGGUAUCAGAUGUAUUACUUUUGGCAAAACUGAAAUUUUCCUGUAUUAGGAUAAUUAAAAUUUUUUCAUCCAGCCACUCUUGAUUCUAUUCCAAUAUUGUAUUUGCCAUUUGUCAUAUUUGAUGUGAUGUCAUAUUUAUAAGUGAUAACUCAUCACUUAUAAAUGAGCAAAUCUCUUCCCACAUCACUUUUUUUCCCGUUUGUGCUCAAGACCAAGGGAACGUGGUGGAGAAGAGGCAAACACAUUGGAAUCAAGGCUGACCUGGGUUUGAAUUCUGAUUAUGUUACUAUUAGCUGUCACUUUGGUCAAAUUGCUUGAUUUUUUGAGCCCCAACCUAUAAAUUGAGUAGCUUUAACAUCACAUGUAAAGCUCUCAAAGAUAAGGAACUCAAAUGUUAGUUUCUCCCCAUGUGUACACCAUAAUGCUUUGUUUACAUAAGUUAGGCAGUCAUUCCCAUCACCAUGUAGAAUGGAGUCUACUGAAAGCUGGCAUAAAGGAAGAACAAAUCCAUGGCCACUGUCACCCCCUCUUCAAAUCUGCAGAACUCUUAAAACGACAAUCAAAAUACGGGAUAUGAAAGGAAAGGCCGAACCAAAAGUUACACAGGGAAGGAAUACGAGAAAUUCAUGCGUGGAACAUACUUAACAAUCCUGAACUGCUUGGCCCUGAGUAGCAGAGAUGUGUUAUCUACCCUCAUGCCUUCAGGUUCCUCUGAUAGUUCAAAAGGCAAAGCUGUCUAUAAAGAAGGACCUAAGGUAAAGCACAAAUAAGAAGUGAGACCUAACAAGAUUUACAUACUACUAGCUAAAAAAUGCUUAUUCUUCACACAAAGUGUUCACACAAUUACAUUUCAAACAAAGAUAAAUGCAAGAGCAUCGUUGAAAUAAGUGGUCUCUUGCUAUGAAACGACAGCAUAUGACAGGACAGGAAACCCCGGUGGAGACAGUUCUACUCUGACCUACAGGGUCGCUAUGAGUGGGCACUGACUCCAUAGCAACGGGGUUUUUCCCCCCCUAUGAUAACUCUGGGGCAUGUGGCAGUUCAGCGGUAGAAUUCUUGCCUUUCAUGAGGGAAAUCUGGGUUCGGUUCCCAGCCAGUGCACCUCAAGCGCAGCCACCGCCCAUCUCGUCAGUGGAGAUUUGCAUGCUGCCAUGUGGGUUAUGACGCUGAACAGGUUUCAGCAGAGCUUUCAGACUAAGACGGUCUAGGAAGAAAGGCCUGAAGAUCUACUUGAAAAGUCAGCCAUUGAAAACCCUAUGGAUCACAAUAGCCCAACCCCAUUGUUGUGCGUGGGGUCCUCAUGAUUUCAGAGCCAACUCGAUGGCAGCUUCCACAACAACAUAAUAACUCUGAAGGAUAACUCACAGAGUUCUACUGGGAAUUUUUUUUCUUAAUGCUAAGACAAUUUACAAUCACAUCUCAAUCACGUUAUCUCCAGAAGUCUUUGAUUUACUCAAUGGCAUUCCCAACCACCCCUGACCCCACCUUCAACUCAUACCCCAUUCAUAUACGGUGGACAACAUACAAAAUUCAAACAUAAUUUUGGCUUUCAGUUCUCACCUGGAUUUACUUGCUUAAGGCUCUCAUGAUAAUAUCAGGCUGGUGGACUUUGGGGGUAAAAAAAAAAAUAUUUAACGCCUGCCUAAUUUUUUUUAAUUAGAAUUCUCAUCAGUGUUCUUUUUCUCAGUGACACAUGAGUACUAUUAAUCGUGCUAAAAUUUGAGUCAGUACUGCAGUUGGUAUAUUCUUCCUCCUUGCCAUUCCUUCCACGUAGCCCCCAAAUUUUGUGUAUGCAAUAUACUCACGACUUCAUUUGUUUUCAAAACUAGUUCCGAUGCAGAAUGUUUGAGUGAGCCCAUUUUAGAGAACUCCAGCUUUGACGCUGAGAGAUCCCUAUAACCACAGGAUUGAUGCCUUCGAUGUGCUGCUGUAGACCCACCUUCGCCCACUUUUAAAAUGAAGGGUCUGUAUAAAUGGGUAGUGUAGGCCACCACAUAAUAGUAUCAAAAGACCAAGUCUAUACCCAGAUUCUUUGGGGGGCUAAAAAGACAAAAAUACUACAAGCACUAGCUUUAAAAGAUCAUUUAUUAAUCUUUGAUAUUUACAACUCACAAAUUAAAAUAUUUAUGAAUUACGAAUAAGUUACUUUGUUGGGGAUUUUUUGGGAAAGGGAUUUCACCUGUUAUCUUUUUACCGCUUUCUUUUCUGAUACAAGAGAAUUCCAGGUUAUCCUUCCGCCUAACUCUCUCCUUUCUUGCUGUCUAAACCACAGUCAUCUAGCUGUCUGGGGAAAUUUCAAUGACACCCCUACUAACAGGCUUUCUAGUUUCCCAUCUGUGAAAAGAAGGUCCCACUGACAUUCUUAGCUAUUGCCACAUAACAGCCCCUAAAUCAUCUACUGUGAAAAGCAGAUUGCAGUACAAAUGAUGACUUGGAGUGACCUCAAAUGUAUACCAGUAGCAUUCUAAUGGAAAAGUAUAAAUGCCUAAUGUGAUUAAAUAAUGAAGACAGACUGACCAUGGAAUCUCUUCAAGAAACACAACAAUGGGGCACAUGGAGCUAUAGCAAGGAUUAUGUAUGAACAACCUAUCUGGGAGACUUGAUUUCUUCCACUUGAAUAACAAACACACAAAACCCCUCGAGGAAACAGUUCCCUUGUGCACAACUAUUUUGUUAGACCCCAAAUGCAAACAUUUUAAAGCUUUAAGAUAGUCACUAUAACUUGUGUUUUGUACAGUUACAAAAUGCUCAUACUGCCAUAAUUUAUUAAUUUUACAUGAAGAUAUUUAAAAAAUAAAUAUUACCAUGCAUAACUUUUGAUGAUAUUUAAAAACCCACAAAUAAAUACCUUGAAAUGCUGUCUAGAUAAACUGCUCCUGCAUACCUAUUGUUAAUUGUGGGAGACUCAAGCAAGUCUGAGAUUUUAUAAUGCCCUUAAAUUAUCAAAACGUUAAUACUAAGGGAAAGAAAACAAUACAAGCCAAACUGGAGUGCAAACACCUUUUUUGCUGUAGGUUUUAAUUGAAAAAAGUUAGUGAACUAAUGGGGUUCCUUCCCAAGGGCAUGCUGGAAACAUGAAGAGAGAGAGAAGCCAAGAAGCCUUCCUCAGGCAACUUCUUGUCCUAUUUCAGUUUCCUGAAACAUCCCUGGUUAAGGCUCUUGUGAUUAAAAAGACACAGACAAGUAUUUAUAAAAGUACUUCAGGGUCCUCAUUAAAGCUGAAGUCACAGACUAGAGACAGGUGGUCUGAAGGGUAAUUGAAGGACGGUAGUCGGUUGGGUCCAAUCUGUUCUUCAGUGAGCAAAUCCAGAGCUGACCUCACACUCAGAGCUCGUUUAGAAUACCAGAUAUAAUCCAGGGUGUGCCGGCACUCCCCCGAGGUCCGGAUCUUCCAGGUAGUAUAGGGAGGCUCUGACUGCCCAUCGGCACUCAGCAGCUUGUAGGCGCUGUUCAGGUUGAGGCUGGAAGAAGCAAAGUGUUUGUAGACCUCCUCUGUGGGUUCUGCAUUGAAGUCCCCACAAACAAUAAGGGGAAUCUUGGCUCCUUGAGUGAUGUUCUGCAGGUUCUGGAGAAGGUCACAGCCUUGGGCAGAUCGAAACCGCUCCCAGCCAGUGCGUGCUUUUAGGUGGGUGACAGCGAUGCAGAACUGUCGACCUGACUCCUUGCACUCUAGGGUCUGUGCAAUGGCCACCUGAUUGGUUUUCAGCGUCAUGGCUGUCAGCCUAAUAUUGGCACUGUUGACUAGCUUGAACCGGUUUUGGAGAAAAAACAAGGCACAGCCAUCUGGCCCAUUGUUGUGUUCUACAUCUAGACAGGGCGACCAGGGCUUGGGGAAAAAAGUGCCCUGAUAGCCCAGUCUACUGAGGAGUGGUUGGAAGGUGUCAAAAUAGUGGUCCACCUCUUGGAGGCACAGUAUAUCAGGCUGGUAGGCUAGGAUUUCUUCUAAGAUGAGACAUUUCCUUUCUUCCCACUUGAGUGCUUCAACAGGGCACUGUACAAAGUUGUCUUUGCCUUCUCCUAGAGCUGAAAUAAAAAAGCCAGUCAGUUGUCAGCUACUACAGAAGAAAAACUUCAAAGUACCCGGGAGUCUCCUUAGGUUUGACACUAUUCAACACGUUCACAAGGCUUCCUCUCCUUCAGAUGCUUUCAGUGGCUCUUUGUCUAAACCGCAUCAGCCCACUCGAACUAAAGCGCCUCUUACCAUCUGGAUGAUGCAAGACAUUGAUUUUCUUUUGUAAUAAAACUAUUUCAUUUAACUAUAUUCCAGACAUAAGAUCUUUGGUUUUUGCCUUAAUUGAAGAAGCAGUGUUCUUUGCAGUCCCAGGGGCGUAAACCAUGUCAAGUGAGGCAAAUAUGUUUAACUCUAUAUGAUUUCAACACUGACUAUAAUAAUAAAAAAAAUAGAGCCAUUCAAAUACAGGGUGAAAAUGGACACCACUCAGAAUGAAUGGAAUCUACUUUAAAUAGAAAGCUUCUCUUGCUUAUACAUUAACAGCUAGAAGAAUAAAAGAAUCAUAUUGGCAAGUCUAGCAAAAUUUAAACUGCUACAUGAAAGGCAAUGCUACAGAGCUGACUGACACAUCUGAUUUUUAAUCCAGCAGGCUCAGAAAUGGAAUCCUUUUAACCGUAAUAAAUAUCUUAAUGAAUAGAGAACUGAAAACAUCUCUUUAGCUAUUUUGUAAAGGAAGGCAGAAAGUUUUCACAUAUUCUCCUACUUUACAGAACACUGGCCUCAAGCUAUAUAGAUGUAUAUGGAUAAGAUCUGGUUGCUCGCGAGUUCUCGGACUCACCACCACCCAACCACAGACCCCACUCCCUGCAGAAAGUUCUACGUGUUGCCAGUUCAGUAGACUCGGUUUCUCCCCUUCAAGAAUGCUAUGUCAGUGCUACGGACUGAAAGCUGGGCUCAACAGAAAGUUUGAGGCUGUUCCAUUUAACUGAUUGAUUAAAUUUGAGGUUGUUUAAAUUUCGAUCUGUUGGGAAGUAACAUAACAGACCUUCAUGGUACUUAAGACUGCCCACAAACAUGGAAGGUAAUGAAUAAAUCUUGAGUUGCCAGUUUUAUUGAUGAAAACCAGAUGACUGGCUUUCCUAACCACCACCACCACCCCUCUCCCCGAGAGUUUCUCAUGCUCCCCUCAUCACCCCAUCCUCCUACACCUCCAUCUGCCCACACUUCUUCCCUCCACCUAAGACAUCAGUGCACUGCUCAGGCACAAAGCAUGAGGCAUACCUUGGGCAAGGAUAUUCCAUUGCAUGACCCUAAUAGGUGGGUGGCUACUGGGGCAAUCUGUCCUCAGAUCCACAAAGUCCCUCUGGAACCGGGGAGGUCGAGUGUGCAGGACAGCCCUGCAUUCCUCAAGGAGCUCUUUAGGAUCAAUGGGUUCCAGAUGUUCUGAGUCAGGAGGUACCAAAUACUCUGGGUGCUGGGAGGCAGCGCUGCUGUUCAGCGUCUUGGCGAGAACACUAUAAAGUCUGCUCGGACCGUUUCCCAUGGAACACACUACAGGAAAGGAAAGCACAGUUACACACUCAGCUCCUUUUCCUGCCCGCCCUUCCACUCUCACCUAGCUCAACUGUACGAUAAAGCAUUUGGUGUCCGUAGAAGCCAGGAGCUCAAUUUGGGGCAAUGUCGCCACGUUCACGUACAAAGCCAGGUCUACAGAGAUGGAUUAAAGGAGUCUGCAGAUUCGACUUCCUACUAGGGCAGGCAAUUUAAAUACUACUAUUAAAACUGUCUCUGAUGAAUUAAGAUAACUAACUCUUUGAGAAAUACUUUGAUCUUUAUGUCCUCUUCUAGGGUUUGUCUUUAUAUUUUGUAGAACUAGUCUUACAAAAGCAUGACUAAACAGAAUAUGCCCUCCUUUUCUACGUAUCUCAGUAAGAACGUGAACAGUUCAUAAUGAGCCAGAUAUUACGAAGCCCAUGUGAAUCCUGCCGCCAAGGCCAAGUUUCAGCAGGCGGCUGCUCUGGCCACACCAUCCACAGGGACCCUUCUGUUAGGAAAAGUAACGGCUGGAGUGGAUCCACACUCCAUUUCCCUUAGAUCGUAACUGUAAAUCAGGGCUCUGACUUUCUGUAGAACUCUGAACAAUGAGCAAUACAGUCUAUAAUCUAAGAUCAACUGAUACAUUUUUUUAAAAACCCAGAAUGGGAAGAGGGCACAACACAGUUGAUUUUGCUUGCCUACCAAGUUUGCACUCAGGACACCAAAUUCUCAUGAGUAGCCUGUGUAUCCUGGACUCCUGGAAAAAGGAGCGAGGAAAGGUGCAAGAAGCACCAGUCACAUUGUCUUCAAGAGCAUUUUUAUCCCAGCAGACUAUAAUUCAUUUAGGAGAAUAGAGCACAAUCUUCAACUAAGUAGCGUGAGGGGAGGUGUACCUGUCAGUUCACUUGUAAGCAGCUGACUGCUCUUUUAGAGGUCAACUGUGCUUUCUCGUCAUUACCAUAUAAAUUAGGGGCAAGUUUUACUUGGAGCAACCUCUAACUCUGGCAAGAUCUGCAUAUGAUGAAUCCUGGUACCAAGCAAUUUGGAUUUCCCUACCAUGUCAUAUCCUUGCCAUCUCUUGAAAGACACAAGGUUUCCUUUAUAAAAUAAGAUGACAGGCUGACUGACUGUAUCGGAAACUGGCAGGCAAUCAAAUUCACUGUGCAGGUCACAAAAGCAAAUUCACCAGCAAAUGUCCUUGAACAUCAAGAUCAACAAACAUGUAAGUGUGCUCUGUAUUGUGCCUUUUCCUCAAUUCAGUAUAGUUUUGUUUUUUUUUUUUUAACUUUUUCAGUAAGGAAACUAGCCUAAGACAAUGUAACACAUACCAAUUUUCCCAACAUACAUUUAAAUGUACAUGUAUAAGUUCACACACAAACAGAAACACACAUGCUUCCAAAUGGUUUGACUUCAAUGUAUUUAAUUCAGUCUAACUGAUCUGCCUGCCUAUCUGACUACACGGGUCCAGAGAAAGAAAUUUUAUUCUUGGCUGACAAUACAACUUUGAUGUCUUUCUUCUUACACUUCUAGUUUAAAAAAAAAAAAAAAAGCCAUUAAA